UUAAAACGUCAAUUAGAAACGUCAAAAGUAUCUGCGUUGCUGUCAGUUUCGGUUCAUUUAAGUUUUUAUUUUAUCCAUUUUUGGUUUCGUUUUGAGUUAAUAAUAUAUUAGCCCUUAAUUAUUUCGAUCGUUUAACAUGGAUUCGGCGACUUCUUCCAAUGCUACCAAGAAUAACAAGUUGGAGCAAACCCAACAGCAAGUCAAUGAGGUCGUGGGGAUUAUGCGGGUGAACGUUGAAAAGGUUCUCGAGAGAGAUCAAAAGCUGUCCGAGUUGGAUUCGCGUGCCGAAGCUUUACAGGAAGGUGGAAAACAGUUCGAGCAACAAGCGCAAAAAUUGAAACGAAAAUAUUGGUGGAAAAAUUUAAAAAUGAUGAUCAUUUUAGGCAUUAUCGGAUUGGUUAUUUUGAUUAUUAUUAUCGUGAGCCUUGUUAAUUGGAGUUCCGACUCGUCUUCGCAUGCCAUUGAGCCUUCAGAAGUCACCCCAAGUACUUAAAACUAAAUUUGACACUUCCAAAAUUGAGGUUAUGUUUAUUAUUUACUAUUAAUGUUAUUAUUAUUAUGGUUUUGGAUGUGAGUUUAAUAAGUUUAACAUUUUAAACAGUAAUUAUUUGUUUAUAUCAAAUUCUAACAUUUACGCACAAAAAGGAAAUCAAUAAAUAUAAAAUAAAU